CAUAACAUUGAGUGGCGGCUGGCAACUGAAACGUUCCCGUCCUGCAGUCGAGCCUUCCUUUCCAGAUCAUCAACUCUCCAACAACAACAACACAACCUCGAAAAGUCGAACUCGACAACUUUCGCUUCCCGUCAUCCAAGCAACCCAUCAUCUCCGUCGCAUAACCAACCUCGACCCAACUUGGCAUCCAAACCGUCAUCCGCCGCAUCUCCCACCGAGCGAAACCUUCCCUUCCACCCACCAAAACCACACCACCAAACCAAAACCACCCGCCCGACUCGCGCGCAGCGAGCCCAUCACCCCCUCACGAUGCCCAAAGCAGAAGUCGGCUCCGCCAAAUACCUCGCCAACAAGAUGAAGUCGCGCGGCCUCAACCGUUUACGAUGGUACUGCCAGCUCUGCGAGAAAUCCUGCCGCGACGAAAACGGGUACAAGAUGCACUGCCAAUCGCCGUCGCACACGGCCAAAGCGCUCGAGGCGGGUACCAACUUUAAAGGUGUACAAGACACCUUUUCGGAUCAAUUCCUCAAGGAUUUUGUUUCCCAAUUAAAAACCAGUCAUGGAGAAAAAGAAAUCCACAUCAAUAAGUUUUAUCAAGAGGUGAUUGCGCGCAAGGAUCAUGUGCAUUUGAAUGCGACCAAGUGGCAUUCCCUUACCGAGUUUGCAAAGUAUCUGGGCAGGGAGGGGGUGUGUAGGGUGGAGGAGAAGGAGGGCGAGGGACUGUUUGUGGCGUGGAUUGAUGAUAGCCCCGAGGCGAUGGAACGGAGGGAGAAGGUGAGGCGGAAGGAGAUGAUGGAUAAGGGGGAUGAGGAGAGGGAGAUGAAGGUGUUGAGGGAGCAGAUUAGGAGGGCGCAAAAAGAAGCCGAAGCGAGAGGGGUCAAGUUUGAUGCGGAGGCUGCGGAGGAGGAGGAGAGGAAGGAGUUGAAGAGGAGGGAGGGGGAGAAGAUUAAGUUGAGCUUUGGGAAACCGGCUGUAGCAAAGAAAGAGGAGUCGGGUUCAGAGCCGGCAAAGGUGGACGCGAGCACAAAGGGCGAGGAGGCUGCCAAGACGACGGCAGAGGAAAACAAACCUGCGACCGACUCGAAUUCUGCUCCUGCUGCUGCCGCUGCUGCUCCUAAGCCGGUAUCAAUGAAGUUCGGCAUGAAGCCCCAACCGAAGAAUGUCUUCAAGAAUGCGUUUGCUGGAGCUCCCAAGAAGGUUAUGGCUGCUCCGCCCAAGAAGAUGAGCGAGGCCGAGAGGAUAAUGAAGGAGGAGUUGGAGCGCAAGAGGGCUCGUGAGGAGAAGGGUGGGAACCUUCCCAACAAGAAGCCACGCUUUCAGUUUUAACCUACUGUGUGUAGUUUCUUGUGGGGUACCGGUUAGGGUGUUUUUCUAUGGUUUAGCAAUAUUUCGGCACAUGCUAUAGGCGUUUUCGGCGUGAUGGGAGAUUCUGUAAAGAGAUACCACAUUGCAUUGGGAGGUUUUCGUAAAAUGGAUC